AUAUAUGUGAUGGACAAUGACCUUAGCAGAGCAAAGAGGAAGCUUUUAAAGGCAAAGUAUCUGCAAAGGAAGGCUGUGUGUUUAACACAUGCACAGGGAUUUGCCAUAUUCCCUCUUCUUCAUGUCUCUAAGAUUAACUGAAACUUGGUCCGGUCUCGUCAGUUAACUUUUAUGGGCCAUUAUGUCUCAAGGACUGAGGCGUGCACCAAAAAAGAAAAAUUAUGCAGACUACAUCCAAGAUAUCAGCUCAUCAGACUACUUGAUCCCAUCACCACCACCACCACAGAACUACCGAGUUUGUACUUUCCCUGAGCCACCCAAAAAAUAUGAUACGGCCUCCAAACCUAGCACUGCCUCAGUACCAAAAAAUAAGAAGGGAAAUAAGCCGAUGAAGAGGGUCCAUUCAAAAAUGGAUCCAGCAGAAAUCUUUUCUGAGGACCUUUUUUCAACUCCACCUACUACAAAUCCUUGGACUAAGCAGCUUUCAGGACAGAGCGCCAAUCCAGGACUCCUCAAAGCAGAAUUUCCCAAGCUUCCAGGACUGAGCGCCAAUCCAGAAGUCCUCAAGUCAGAAACCCACAAGCUUCCAGGACUGAGCGCCAAUCCAGGACUCCUCAAAGCAGAAUUUCCCAAGCUUCCAGGACUGAGCGUCAAUCCAGAAGUCCUCAAGUCAGAAACCCACAAGCUUCCAGGACUGAGCGCCAAUCCAGAAGUCCUCAAGUCAGAAACCCACAAGCUUCCAGGACUGAGCGCCAAUCCAGAAGUCCUCAAGUCAGAAACCCACAAGCUUCCAGGACUGAGCGCCAAUCCAGAAGUCCUCAAGUCAGAAACCCACAAGCUUCCAGGACUGAGCGCCAAUCCAGAAGUCCUCAAGUCAGAAACCCACAAGCUUCCAGGACUGAGCGCCAAUCCAGAAGUCCUCAAGUCAGAAACCCACAAGCUUCCAGGACUGAGCGCCAAUCCAGAAGUCCUCAAGUCAGAAACCCACAAGCUUCCAGGACUGAGCGCCAAUCCAGAAGUCCUCAAGUCAGAAACCCACAAGCUUCCAGGACUGAGCGCCAAUCCAGGACUCCUCAAAGCAGAAUUUCCCAAGGUUAGUAUGGACAUGUUUUGCCAGAGUAGUCAGAAUUUGAUCUGA